AGAUGAAUUACUAAACGUCAGUAAUAAAAAUGGCCACUGCUUGAGUGUUCCUGUUUGUAAAAUCACAUUGUUGUAUUUAUAAAUGAAAUACUUAUCAUCGUAGCUUAAUUAGUAUUUUCAGAAUUGUUUCUGUUUGAAAUUUUAUUUCGGGAUCCUGUAAAUCUCAAAAUGGAGGAUACAAAAGAUCGAAAACGAAAGAAGGAUAAACAUUCAGAAAAUGAUGAUUAUUCAAGGGAAAGAAAGUCUAAAAAACACAGAUCCAAGUCUAGAUCACCUGACAGACGUCAGGAAAACCGUGAUAGAGAUAAUGAAAGGGAUUCAUAUAGAAGGCGACGACGUUCCCGCUCCCGAUCACCAAGAGAAGUCCGGGAGGAUAAACGACGCAAUGAGGAACAAGAGGUAGAAAUUAAGAAAGAUGCACCUCAAAGAAAAGCAAAAGACAUGGAUAUGUUGAACACAAGAACCGGUGGUGCGUAUAUUCCACCUGCACGUCUGCGUAUGAUGCAAGCUCAGAUUACUGAUAAAUCUUCAGUUGCGUAUCAAAGACUGGCCUGGGAAGCGUUAAAGAAGUCGAUACAUGGUCACAUUAACAAAAUCAAUGUCGGUAAUAUUGGUAUAAUCAUAAAAGAACUUCUCAAAGAAAACAUAGUUCGGGGUCGUGGUUUACUCUGUCGGUCCGUUAUUCAGGCACAAGCUGCGUCACCGACUUUCACCAAUGUGUAUGCAGCUUUGGUUGCUGCUGUAAACUCACGUUUUCCAAAUAUUGGAGAAUUGUUACUCAAAAGACUAGUAAUACAAUUCAAGCGUGGUUUCAAAAGGAAUGAUAAACCUAUAUGUAUAUCAUCAGCAUCUUUUAUCGCUCAUCUUGUAAACCAAAGGGUCGCACAUGAAAUUCUGGCUUUAGAAUUGCUAACACUUCUAGUAGAGACUCCUACAGAUGAUUCUGUUGAGGUAUCUAUAGCCUUUUUAAAGGAGUGUGGGCAGAAGCUUACAGAAGUGUCUUCAAAAGGUGUAAAUGCUAUAUUUGAGAUGUUGAGGAAUAUUCUCCAUGAGGGACAGUUAGAUAAAAGAGUACAGUACAUGAUAGAGGUGAUGUUCCAAGUCUGGAAAGAUGGUUUCAAAGAUCAUCCUGCUGUCAUUGAGGAGUUGGAGCUGGUGCCAGAAGAGGAACAGUUCACUCAUCUCUUGAUGCUGGAUGAAGCCACUGAUUCACAGGAUAUCCUGAAUGUAUUCAAAUUUGAUGACAAGUAUGAAGAGAAUGAAGAGAAAUACAAAACACUCAGCAAAGAGAUACUCGGGUCUGAUGCUGAGUCUGGUGAUGAGGAUGGUUCUGGUGAAUCUGGCAGUGAAGAGUCUGGAGAUGAAGAUGAAGAACAGAAACCCGUGACCAUCAUUGACAACACAGAAACAAACCUUGUAGCAUUGCGUAGGACUAUAUACUUGACAAUAAAUUCCAGUUUAGACUUCGAAGAAUGUGCUCAUAAACUAAUGAAAAUGCAGCUCAAGCCAGGUCAAGAAAUAGAGCUGUGCCAUAUGUUCCUAGAUUGUUGUGCCGAACAACGGACAUACGAAAAGUUCUACGGAUUGCUAGCGCAGCGGUUCUGUAACAUAAACAGAAUAUACAUUGGUCCUUUUGAAGAAAUAUUCAGGGAUUCAUAUGCUACAGCUCAUAGGCUUGAUACAAAUAGGCUCAGAAACAUUAGCAAGUUCUUUGCACACCUUCUUUUUACUGAUUCUAUCAGUUGGGAGGUGUUGGAGUGUGUGAAAUUGAAUGAAGAGGAUACUACAAGUUCCAGUCGUAUCUACAUCAAAAUCCUUUUCCAAGAAUUGGCAGAGUAUAUGGGGUUGAAGAAGCUGAAUGAUCGCCUGGCUGACCCGACAUUGCAGGAGGCAUUCUCUGGAAUAUUCCCAAGAGACAAUCCCAAGAACACGAGAUUUUCUAUCAACUUCUUCACAUCAAUUGGUCUUGGUGGUCUAACAGAUGAACUCAGAGAGCAUUUAAAACAAAUGCCAAAGAAUGUACCUGCACCAGCUGAAAUCAAAGUGGACAGUGAUUCAGAUUCUAGCUCAAGUUCCAGUAGUUCAUCAUCAUCAUCCAGUGACUCCAGCUCAAGUGACACUGAAGAUGAGGGAACAGAGAAAAAGAAAGACAAGAAGGGAAAAAGGAAUAAAGAUAAGAAUAAAACACCUAAAACACCAGAAGUAGAUAAAGAUGACAGUGCCAAAGAUAAAAAUGAGCGAUGGGGCCACGAUGGUUAUUAUGAGAGGUAUGGUAAAGAUUCAAGGGAAAACGAGAGAGGAAAUAGAGAUGGUGCUAGGCGUAAUGAUGACGGUCAGAGAAGACGAAAUGAUUUCGAUGGACAAUCGCAAAAUUUAAGAGGGAAUAAUACAAGAAGACAUCAAAGGGAGGAUGGUCCUCAACAAAACAGUGAUAGAGACGAGGAAGAAACAAGGAAUGCAAGAGGAGAUUAUAGAAGACGAAAUGAUAGGGACACUGAUAUUAGACGGCGAAACGAUCAAGACUUUGAAGGUAGACCACGUAAUGAGAGAGAAGAUGAUAGUAGCCGACGUUAUGAAAGAGAGGAAAAUAUUAAGCGUCGCUACGAAAGAGAGAAUGUCGAUAAGCGACGUCAGGAUAGGGAAAGCGAUAACAGACGCCGCAAUGCAAGGGAUGAUGAGGAGAGACAAAAUAGUGAUAGAGAGAAUAAUAGCAGGCGGCCGAAUGAGAACGUAGAUGAUAGAAGUCGUAAUGACGAUUUAAGAAGGAGUGGAGAAUUUAAUGAUAGACGGCGUAAUAACAGAAUUGAUGAUGAUAAGCGAGGUAAGGACAGAAGGGAUGAUGAUAAAAGACGAGAUGACAAGAACGAUAGACUAUGCAAUGACAGAGGCGAUGAUGUUAGGCGCCGUAACGAUAGGGACGACGGUGAUAAAAGACGCCAUGAAAAAUUGGACGACAGGCGACGCAAUGACAGAGAUGAUGAUGAAAGAAGACGUGACGAGAGGGUGGAUGACAGAAUGCGAAAUGACAGGGAUUAUGAUAGAAGAUCUAAUGAGAGAGUCGACGAUAUGCGACGCAACAACAGGGAUGAUGACGAUAGAAGUCGUGAUGAUAAGAUGCAAGAUAGGCGACGCAAUGACAGGGAUGGUGAUGAUAGAAGACGCGAUGGGAAGGCAGAAGAUAGGCGUCGCAAUAACGGGAAUGAUGAUGAUAAUAGACAUAAUGAGCGAGAAGACGAUAGGCGACGUAACAACGAAGGUGAUAAUAGAACACGUGACGAGAGGGUGGAGAAUAGGCGUCAUCAUGAUAGGGAUGAUGAUGAUGAUAGAAGACGUAAUGAGAAAAUAGACAACAGGCGACGUAUUGACAAAGAGGAAGAAAAUAAUAGACGUGAAGAAACAGUACACGACAGACGACGCAAUGACAGAGAUGAUGAUAAUAGACGACGCAUUGAGAGGAUAGAAGACAGGCGACGUAAUGUCAGAGAUGAUGAUCAUGAUGAUAAAAAACGUCAUGAGAUUGAGGAAGACCGGCGCAAAAAUGACAGCGAAAGUGAAGAGGAUAAUGCCAGGAGACAAAACGUGGUUGAAGCUGAGCAUAUGCGCCAAAAUCAUAAGAAGAGUAAAAAUAGAAGACAAGAUACAAAAGAAAACGAUUCAACAGAUGAAAAGGACGACGGUGAAAAACAUCGGAACGAUAAAGACAAAGAUAAUCGAAUAAAAGAUAGGGACGAUACCAAAAAAUUUGAUGAAUUUGAUAUAAAAAGAAAGGGUAACUUAAAAAGUGAAGUAAGAAGCGUCAAGCCUAAUACAAAUAAAAAGUUAAAUGAAUUUGAUAUUAUAAGUAAAACAGAUAUAGAUAGAAGAGGCAGAUUUGAAGAAAGAAAAGAUACCUUAAACAUGGAUAAUAAACAAAGUAAAAAAAGUGAUAAAAGAAAAAAGAAACAUCAGGAUAGUAGUAGUGAAGACGAAGAUAGUAGUAGCAGUAGCAGCAGUAGCAGCAGCAGCAGUAGUAGUAGCAGUGGCAAUAGUAGCAGUAGUAGUGACGACAGCGAAAGCGAGGUUUCUCAAAAUGAUUCAAAGAAUCGUAAAUAUAUAAAAAGCCGUGAAAAAGAUGAUACCGAUGAUUCUGAAGAAGAACAAAGUAAAAAAAGAGGGAAGAAAGUCAAAAACCAAAAAGAAAAUGGUCAUAAUCUUAAAACUAAAGGAAAAAAAGAAAAAAAUCAUAGUCGCGAUGAAUCUCCAGACCAAGGUUUAAUUAAAAAAGCCCGAUAUAAAAAAGAUGAUGACAGAAGGGAAAUUAGAAAAAAUAGCAAAACUGUUGAAGAAAAUAAAAAUAACAGUGAUGGCAAACAUAGAACCGAUAGUGAACCACGGGAACUGGGCAGAUACUGGGAAUCUUAUGAUAAGAAAGAAAAAGAAAUGGGCAAAGAAAGAAGUUCAAAUCGAUACGAAAGUAAUAGAAUUAAAACAAAUAGAUAGUAAGCGUGUUAAAUGUGCUCAUACCGAACAUUAUUAGGUCUUUAAAUUAUAAUGAAAUUUUGUAGUUAAGGUAAGUUCUGAAUAAAUCUUUUAUAUAAGGAAAUAAGCUAU